AUUUUGGAUUCCUCAUGCCUAAGAAUAAUAUAAGUAUAGAUUUUGGAUUUCUCAUGCCUAGGAAGGAAGUCGAGCAACCACCAGUUUCCGUAUAUGAAAACUCAGACUCUUCAAACCUAUGUCACCGGUUUACUUUUGCCCAGAUUAAGGCUGCGACAAAUAACUUUGAUGAGGCUCGAGUUCUUGGUGUUGGUAAAUGUGGUAAGGUUUACUUAGGUGUAACCGAUGGUGGAAAGACUAAAGUCGCUAUCAAAAGACAACACAAGGAUUCUGACCUAGCUUUGCAGGAUUUUAGGACAGAGCUCGAAAUGCUUUCAAAGCUUUCGCAUCCUCACCUUAUUUCUUUAAUCGGUUAUUGUGAUGAAAAGGCCGAGAUGAUCCUUGUAUUUGAUUACAUGGCUCAUGGGUCACUAAGAGAUCAUCUUUACAAGACAAAAAGCGAACCAUUGGCUUGGACUCGACGGCUUGAAAUUUGCAUAGGUGUAGCACGUGGUCUACACUAUCUACACGCAGGUGGCAGAGACACCAUUAUUCAUAGGGAUGUGAAAACAACGAACAUCCUCUUGGACGACAAAUGGGUUGCUAAAUUGUCUGAUUUUGGGCUAUCAAAGACAACCACGGAUCACGCUCCUGUAAGCACAUGUGCUAGAGGUACUCUCGAGUAUAUAGAUCCUGAAUACGUUCGGAGGAGUCGGUUGACUGAGAAGUCUGACGUGUACUCUUUUGGGGUUGUGCUUUGUGAGAUCUUAUCUGCCCAGCCAAUCACUGGCCUAAAAAUUGAAGAUAGGCACGUGAGCUUAGUCGAAUGGGCCUUAGACUGUCACAAAAUGGGCGUUCUUGAUCAGAUUUUGGACCCUAAUUUGAAAGGAAAAAUUUCAGCUGAGUCCUUCAUGAAAGUGGCGGAAACAGCUGUCAAGUGUCUUGCAGAUUGUGGGAUAGAUAGGCCAUCAAUGGUUGAUGUUCUUUUGGAUCUCGAGUAUGCUUUGGCACUUCACGAAAGGCCACUAAAGGGAACGUCAAAGGAUUUUGAUGAAAAUCUGAUGGCCUCAACAAGUAAUACAAGCAUCAGUAGUCUCAAGAAGAGUUCUGAUGAAAAUCUUAUGGCCUCAACAAGUAAUGCAAGCAUCAGUAGUCUCAGCAGUCUCUCGAGUGAAGGCUCAGAUGGUUCUGACACAAGUGUAGUUUAA